GCGCUGACCCGCUCCGGCAGCUCCACGUCUCUCCCGCCCAGACAGAGGAGCCCAGACAGAGCACACCAGGUGUGGCCUCACCAGGGCUGAGUAGAGGGGCAGGAUCACCUCCCUCGACCUGCUGGCAACGCUCUUCCUGACGCAUCCCGGGAUCCCGACUGGGCCACAGGGGCUCGCCGUGGGAGGGAACCCUCCGCAGCCGUAUCGGCGUUCCCAGGCCGCGCCAUCCAUCGCUCGGCCAGCGGCUGCUCCCCCUGGUUGCCAGGCGGGCCUGAACGCGCCGCCCGCAUCCCCGAUCCCGAUCCCUGUUCCCGAUCCCGAUCCCGGCCCGGCCGGACGCGGCCUCCGGACCCCCCACAUGGAGGGGGACAAGAGAAGGACCAAAGAAGAUACCUGGAAAUCAGAAGAACUUAGGAAACAUCUUAAGGCAUCACAACCAGAUAGUCAAAAUGAAGACCAAAAGCACAGAGAAAAGAAACUGCAGAAAGAUAGGUCUGUUCUCGACACAGACACUCAUAAACAUGAACGAAAAGACAGAGGGAAGAGCAAGGAAAGGACAAGAGAGAGAGAGAGGCUUAAAUCCAGUGAGAGAGACAGGGAUAAAAUGAGGGAAAGGGGAAAAGAACACCAGAGAGGAGACCGAGAGAGAUACGAAGAUAAGCUUCAAGAGUCCCAUUUGGAGAAGGAAAGAUACAGUGUUCACAAACAUAAAGAUAGGGAGAGUGAUAGAGGAGACAAAAAGCAUAAGAGACAUGAGAUAAAGCAAACAGAUACACAAAACAGUCUGAAAUCAUUUGAAGAAGGAGAUAAAAAACAUCACAGAAGAAGAGAAAGCAGGCAUCAUUUGGAGGAGGAAAAAACAAGAAGUGAAGAGCAAGAGAGAAGACAUAAAGAAAAGAAGGAUAGUGAUGCAAGAAGGAAAAUGGACAAAUUUUUAGCCUACAAAGUUGAAGGUGACCGUGUACAUAAGUCAGAGAGGGAUCAAGAGCUGGAUAAAGAGGGAGAAAGAAGACACAGAGAAAAAAAAGAACAUUCUGUUGGGCCAGAAAGAGAAAAGCUUUCAAAAGAGAGAAGUCACAAACGGCAUGGAAAGGAAGAGGAAGAAAAACAUAAAUCGAGGAGGUCUAAAGAGGGAUCUUCCCAUGGAGACAGAGAAGGACAAGCAGCAGAAGAUAAUGAGAGAAUAAAAAGCAGAGACAAUGAAAGAAAGAAACAUGAUCUAAAGGACAGUGAAUACAAAAAGGAGGAGAGGAUUCAAGAGGAAACAAUCCAUCAGCAUUUAAGGACUGUAAAAGAUAAAGGAAAACUCAUUGAAAAAGAGGAAAAGGACACAAGACAAGAGGAAAUGAAAGAUACACACAUCUAUAAUUCAGACACAGGACAUGAUGACUUUGCAGCAAAUUAUGAAGAUGAUUUUGAAGACUAUGAAGAUGAUUUUGAAGAUGACGAAGACAAAAGUGGGGAAGAAAGAUAUGCAGAAGAAAACCUAAGGGAGAUUCCAUUUUCCAGAACAUCAGAAAUUGAAGAAAUUCAAAGAGCAAUUAGUGCAGAAAAUGAUAGAAUUUUUAUUUCACCGCUGAAGAAACUUGAAGAUGAAAAAAAGGAACCAAUCAUGGAAAACCAGUCAGAAACUGUCAGAAACUCUUUUUGUGGAAUAUUCAUGGAUUUUCAAAUGGCAAACCAACGACAAUGUAGCCGAAGGAUGGCCAGUAAGCAGAUAAAACGGAGUUCAGAACUUCUCCCACUAAUUGACCUGGAUUUCUCAGUUAGUUUCUCAUUACUGGAUUUGCCCCCUGUAAAUGAGUACGACAUGUAUAUCAGGAAUUUUGGUAAAAUGAACACUAAGCAGGCGUACGUUCAGUGCAACGAGGACAAUCUUGAUAGAGACAUUCAGACUGAGGAAGUUGAGACACUGGAGAAAUGGACACAGCAUCCAGGAGAAAGUUCUCUUGUAUCUGGAGGUCCCAGAAACAGCCAGGAUAUGUCAGUGAAUGGAGUUUUAACACCUAAAAUUGAUUCACAAAGAUUAGCAAAUUUCCUCCGGUCUGCCUGCCAGGUGAUUGCUGUUUUGCUAGAGGAAGAUCAAGUUGCAACACAACCCAGGAAGCUAAGAUCUCGACAAGCCAGUCUGUCUAUUAGUGAUAGCUGUUUCCAGUUAAAUACUAACCAGCCAUUCCUCCAUGACCGAAAAAUAUCCUGCCUAUAUGUCUCUCAAGUUCAGAGGCAAGCACUACUUUCUGUUCAUGGAUUACCUGAAAAGGCAGGUGUGGACUUACUGAACAGAAAGAGCCUCAUAUGUGUUUGGAACAUCUGGCAGCCCUCCAGUCCUCAGAAAGUUUUAAUAUGUGACUCAGAGGUGUUAUGUUGCUGCUUUAGCCCCAGUAAAACAACAUUAGUUUUUGCUGGAACAAUAGAUGGUUCAUUGUUGGUCUGGGAUCUUCGAGAAGACUCAAGAAUGCACCCUCAUGUGAUGAUGAGUGGAACUGACUGGACAUUUAGAGUUCCAACAUUUUCCACAGAUGGCAUUCUAAGCUCAGUGACCCACACCUCUCCUGUUCUUGCAGUGGAACCCGUCUCAACCUCUCUAGACACCGAUCGCAGUUUUGGGCUCUCAAGCCUCUCCUAUCAGGAGGAAGUGUCAGGCCCUCCAUUUCAGAUAGCUUCAAUGGAUGAAAAUGGAAUCCUCAAUAUGUGGGUAGUUGUUGAAUUGCAAAAAGUGGAUUUAGCUGGUUCACAAACUGAUUUAGGUUUAGUUCCUGGAGGGAAAGUGAAGUUAGUACAUAGCUCUACUAUGGAACUGAAUAACAGCCUUUUCCCAAAGGAUGUUCGCCAGAGAAUGCCACAGACACUGGCUAUUAAAUUUCUGCCUUCUAAUCCCAAUCAUUUCGUUGUUGGGACAAACAUAGGUCUGGUAGGCCACGGUACAAGACACGAUUUAAAAGUUGUUCCAAAGCUAUUCAGGCCCCAGGAGAGCGGACUGAGAUCAAUAAGCAUCACUGCAAUUGAUUUCUUCCCUUUUGGAAAGCCACUGUUUUUGGUUGGCUGUUCUGAUGGAAGCAUUAGAUUACACCAGAUGACAUCAGAGUAUCCUGUCAUGCAGUGGAAUUACAGCACAAAUGGCCAGCCAGUUAUUGCCCUGCAAUGGGCUUUAACAAGACCUGCUGUGUUCUUUGCCCUGGAUGCAUCAUCCAACAUUUACAUUUGGGAUCUUCUGGAAAAUGAUUUGUUUCCUGUGGCAAAGGAGACUGUUCCAUCAGUGAAAGUUGUAGCUAUGGCUCUACUGGGAGAACCAGAAAAAGCAAAUGGAUUGUUGGGCAUCGUGCUGGCCAAGGAAGCUGGCCAGAUAGACAUUCAGUAUGUAAAGAAGAAGUGGGCAUCACCUCAGCCUAAGGAAUCUGACAAACUGCAUUCUAUUUUACUGCAGUCUUUUUAGAAAGAGGCUUGUACAAUUUAUUGCAAAAUUUCUAGAUUAUUUUUGUCUGCAAUUAAAAUAUUUGUAAUUUUGUAUUUGUAUAUUAUUUGUAUAUACUUUAAAGUAUAUCAGUACAAUAUUUCAAUGGAAACAAUAUUUUUUAUCAUAAAAAUGUCAGAAUAAAAUUUACCAUUAUUGUACUCAAAAAUAUGAAAUGUUUUUCAUUAUUGAGAGUACUCUAAAUGUAUAUGUAUCUUUUAAAAAUAGUGAAAAUGUAUUCUUAUAAAUU